GGUGACUUUGGCUUUGGCUGCAAGUCUCCUGACUCACGUCACCAGCUUGACAGCCUCGCACCAAAUCAGAGGACGGCGCUCGCCGGGAGCUCCCGCAGAUUAGAACUCGCCUCUCCUAGCCCCUCCCCUCAGUCCCAUUUAAAACUCCCAUCGGCUUUCCUGAAAAAUUAAGAGUGGGCUCAGUUUCUGCAGCGCCUUCUUCCACUGCAAGAUGAACACCAUUCUGCCUUGCCAAGACCAGUACUUUGUAGGAGGCCAGAGCUAUAAUUGCCCGUAUUCCACUACAACAUCAGAAUCUAGUGUUGACGUUUCCACGGAGACUUGGGUCUCUUUCUGGGCUGCUGGUCUCCUGGACAACAGAGAGACCCAACAAGCACCACAGGCACAGGAAUCAUCCAGUGACUCAAAUUUCCCUAUUCCUAAUUCGUGUUCCUGGGAAGAGGCUCAGCUUUCCUCUCAGCUCUACAGAAACAAGCAGCUCCAAGAUACUCUGGUGCAGAAGGAAGAAGAACUUGCUAGGUUACAUGAAGAGAAUAAUCAUCUCAGACAAUACCUGAAUUCUGCUUUAGUAAAAUGUCUUGAGGAAAAGGCCAAGAAAUUGUUGUCAUCAGAUGAAUUCUCCAAAGCUUGCGGGAAAUUCAGAAAGGGGAAAAGGAAACCCAAAGAGCAAAGAUAUUUUCCUCCUGAGAUUCCCCAUCACAAAAAUGCCAAGCGAAACCUUUCGAGGGAAUUUGCUAACUGUGAAGACCAACCUGGGCCCCCAGUGGAUCCCUGGGUUCUUCGAACACUGGGAUUAAAAGAUCUCAAUACCAUUGAUGACACCUCAUCAGCUAACUACAGUGCCCUCUCGUCUCAUCCCAGACGGACCACCAACUCAUUUCCCCAGUUUCUAGACCAUGCAAUUGAUUAUCCCAGAGCCCCUGGGGAAGAUCUACCACUUGACUAUGGAGGUGAUGGAACUGCCUCCUCACACACCACUGCCAGCCACAGGGAAGAUUUCCACUUCCUUUCUCAACCUUCAACCCCCCCAGGAGGGCUACAAACUCUUCCUUUCUAUGCUUCUAAUGUUUCCCCCAAUAAGACAGAGAUGGCCUUUUCCACAUCCCUGAGCCCUCACUGUAAUGUGAAAACUCACUCCUUCCACCAGGGACAAGCCUUUGUUCGUCGUGACGAAGAGGGAGGCUGGAAGUUUACCUGGGUCCCUAAGCAGUCUUAGUGGCCCUCUCUUCUACCACAAAAGGCUGCCAUGAACUCUGUUUACAAGAACCUCUUGCACUUGAACCUGAAUAUGUGGAAAAUGCAAGCAAUUGCCCAGACUGUCUCCUGCCGCUUUAAAUGUCACUCUCACUUACCCACUUAAAUCUGCAGGGAAUGGCUUCCACGAAUCCAUAAUGAAACAUGCCUGCUCUUCUUUCCCCUAAAUUUGACUUGUUUAUACACCCACACCUGCUGUUAACUUCGUCCCUUGGCCCUAUACUUGAAAAGGUAUUUUCCAAUUGCCUGAAUAUUCCUUAGAGACCUACAUAUGCUCUUCCAAUUAUAAUGAGUCUAACAGCUUUUCUUCUUUCAUCAAGCAGUUUAAAUGUUCACAGCCUUCUCCCUUUCACUUUUAUUCCUCUCCUAUUCCUCUUCAUUUCUAAAAACUGCCUUUGAAAUGAGCGUUAUAAUUGCUCCAAGUACCUGUUAGUAAGUGUUCAAAUAACUGGGGGUGGGGUAGAAGCAAAUGUCUUUGUCCUUUGCUGUUCCAGAAGACAUAAAGUAGGUUUGACGAAUGCUAUUUGUUGGGCACUUCAUUGGGUGUCCCAUGGUAGAGUUGACCAAAAAAAAAAAAAAAAAUCUCUUCAACAGCUAUAACUAUACUCAUAAGCAGCAUUACUGAUACAUUAAAAGGUAAAAUGAAUUUAAAUUACUUCAAAAUGCCCACAUGGUAUACAGCUUCUAUAGGCAUGUGACACUGUGUUUGCAACAAACAUGACAAAAGAAGAACAUUUUUGAGGGACUAUUGGGAGCAGAAUAAAUCACUAUCUUUAACUACGUAGAUGCUGAUAAAUUUCUAUCCCUGAUGGUAUAGUAUAGCUUAGCUCUGAUGCUAUCUUGCUCAUUCAUUCAGUCAUUCAUAUAUUCAUUCUUUCAUGCAUCAACACACCAAAAAUAUUUGAAGAACACCAACAAUGUACCAGGCAUUGUGCUAUGAGGUGUUAAUAAAAUGGGAACAAACUUAGAUACUAUGGGAACCCUUAAGAGAUUUAGACUCAUUCAUCUGCUGACAAAAGUCAGACUAGAUAAUCACUAACAUUCUAUAAAUGAACCUGGGUCCCAUCAGAUUUACUCCAGUUCUGCCAUCCCAGGGCACCAUUCUCUACUUUGAUUGUCAUUGCAGAUAUGUUGAUUGAACUUUUUUAGAGUCAAUUUAAACAAAAUGUAAGCCAUUUGCAAUUAAUACUAGAAAUCAUUGCUCUGAUCACUAUAUUCUUUUCCUGGUAUGAACCCAUUUUCCAGGUUAAUUCAGUCUAUGUGAAAACAUGCAUCUAAAAGAAAAAGAAACAUUAUUUUUUAAACAU